AUCCAACAGUGCCCGGAACGCAGAUGCUGAACUGGACGAGAGCCCAACCAGAAGAAGCUCAUAAACUCAGCCCCCCGCAGCUACCACCAAAAUCGGCACGCAUCUUCACCCUCGCGCCCUUCUCCUCCCUCGCCUCGCUCACCCAUCACCUCGCUCGCAGCCGAGCUGAUCCGGCCGCGGGACGGGGGAGGUGGAGGCCCAGCGUGGCUACGCCGCAGCCCCCCUUCCCUCGCUCCCUCGCUGGGAGCUAAACCCUAGCCGCUGCCGCCGACGCCGCGAGCGCGUUUGCUGGGGGUCUACUUGAUCGCGAUUCCAGCCAAGAGUAACUAGGAUAGUUUUCAUGGGCUGAGAAAACAAAUCUCUAGAUGUAAUCUCAACCUGGCUUUGCUUUCGUGAUUGGUCUGGAGAGUGUGCACGACUCAAGUGUCCUCAGAAUAGUUUGUGGAAGGCAACUACUUGGAGCUGCUUUCAUGGGAAACAUUGUUAACACUGUAAACAAGUUCUCGGGCAACAAUGCUGAUGGUGUUCCCUUCCGGAGGUGCUCUUACUUGCCAAAUAGUACUUGUGACGAGAAUGGUAGUUCAGUGACCAGAAAAUCUGCUUCUGCUACAAAUGGCAGUAUUAAUGGACAUGGUACCUUGUAUAAGGAUGUGGGUAAUGAGGAAAUGCACUUGGCUACAGACAGUACUUCUAAACCAGGGUGUCGUGGUGAUACUAAUCACUGUACUAACAAAGAAAGAGAAACUCGGAAUGUAAUUGUCCACACCGACUCAAGACAAAAUGGGGAUGCUACUAAUUCUGACAAUGCUGUUUUAAUUUGCAAUCAGACGGCUGGUCAUAUGUCCUAUGGUUUGGAUGGGGAAAGUAAUAGAAGUUCUGGAAGCUUAGCGGCUGUGGUUUCUGAAGUUCUUGUUAGUAAAGCACCACUUGAAAAGAGAUGUCGUACUAACCUUCAGGAAACUGGAGAUUUGGAAAAUACUCCAAAUGCACAUGUGAGCAAAAGGUCGAGACUGCACAGGGUUUCUCCUGCAAACAGUCUGUUUGAUCGUGAGGCUUGUGAUGACUUAAUUGAUAGUGCUCAUAAUUUAGAUUGUAGUCGCACUCCUAAUGCUUCAGUGCAUGAUGAAACGGUACCAAAUGAAGAUAAAACACCUUGUACUUCUUUAGAUGUGAGAGGUUGUGAAGGUACCCCUAGAGCUUCCUUGAAGAGACGAGUGAACAAGAAAAGAACUAAACGGGAAGCAUCAUAUCCAACGACACCACUAAAUGGAAAUACCGGAGCUUUAGUUGUGAUUGAACCUCCCCUGACUCGUACUAAGGCUAAGGGUAAGGCUUUAUCUCUUGCUACACCUGAAUCUCUCAAGAGAAGCACUAGAUCAGGUCGACUGAUAGUUCCACGGUUGGAUCCAGGAAGCCAGAAGAUUAUAUAUGACAUGCUUUAUUCACAGGACGGUUCUAUCCUUGCCAUAACCAACUUAGAGUCACCCCGGCUUCAAGGGCCUUAUUCGGAGCCGCCUCCUAAGAGGAGGAAAACGCCUCGGUGUUCGUCCCCAGGACACAGAAGAUUGCUGCCAUUCUAAUGGUGAACAUAUGGUGAAAAAGAAAUUCUGACACUGUCCACUGGCAUGAUGAUAUGGUGUCCAACCCGUUGUGCAUCUGUGUGAAAGCUUUUUGUCCUUUUAACCAGCUAAGUAGAGCUAGCUUCUGUAAAAUGUAUCGUGGGUACACCAUGAUGUAUGUUUCUUUGCUAGGCUUCGAAAUGGAUGCUUGCUAAAAUAUGGGCGUAGGUAUUUUGCAUACAAUAGAUGGUGUUGACACCCUGUGAACUUUGUAAGGUCACUUCCAGUUGAGAAACUAUCCUUCGUGUACCCAUAUUUCGUGCAAUGUCAUGCUGGGUUUACCUUAAGUGAAAACCGCUACUGUCGGUUCAUCGAAAA